UGGUCAACAUAACCAAUUUAUUUGGGAACCGAAUGAUGCAGAUCCUUUGAAAUGAACGAACCUGGCAAUUUAGUCGCAUUCGAGAUUGUUUGCAUAUCGGAUUUCUGUCCUAGUAGCCUACUGCAUUCCAAGAAUAAGAAACUAGUCAAACGUCGGUUUUGACUACUUUUUGGUCUCGAACUGAGCUUGCCUUUGAAAGAAUGGCUUGAAAGAAUGAAAGAGAAUGAAAAUGGAUUAUGGACGUUAGAGGUUGCACAUGAACUCGAAGAGAAAGAUCGGCGCAUUUGCUCGGCUACAUUAGAAAAAUGACUUACGGAACACAAUUUGUCUGUCAAGCACUCCUGGUGUUGGCUACACUUGUAACACUUGCAGAUGCAGCGAAAGUCAAAGGCAUUGUAGGUGGGAGUGUCCUGCUUAACUGCUCCUGCAAUAACAGAGAUCAAACCCAAUUUCUUUCCUGGCAGCUGGGCGAAACUAUACCAGUACUACUCAGCAAAACAGGAAAUGACAAACAUACACUUGGGGAAAGGUACACUGGCAGAGUGAACCUUCCCUCCUCGAAAGACUGCUCGCUCCUUAUCUCUAAUGUCAGCGUGGCAGACGAGGGGAUUUACAAGUGCAGCUUCUUCAAGCCAUACUACGUCUAUGAAUACAUUAAUCUCAGUGUCUCUGCGAGCUACCAUGUGUGUAUGGAACAGGUCACAGAGGAGACUCUGGAGGUCUCCAGAGGAGGACCCAAGAUGUUUCAGUGUCAGGCUUCAGGAGGCUACCCAGAGAGCAAGAUUCAUUGGUACCUGAAUGAAAAGCCUCUCCACAACUGCUCCAGGACAGACAGAAGCAGAAAGGACAAUUUCACUGGACUUUUCCACCUUAGCAGCAACCUGACUAUAGAGCUGAAUGGAAGUGCAGACAGGCAUAUCACAUGUGGGAUUGAGACCCUCGGCUUGUCAGACACGUCCAGCUGCAGCAGUGAUAUUCCAGUCUCUCCCCCAGGGAAGUCCCAGGGAAGCACUUCAACUUUCAUGGCUGCCAGUGUCUCUGUUCCUGUAUGUGUGUUGGUGCUGCUCCUGGUUGUGUUGGCACUGGUGGUAUGGCGGCACCAGAUAAAAAAGCAUUCAUGCAUCAAGAAGACAAGAAUUCAUCAAGAAGAAGUCAGGUGGCUGAGCGGUGAGGGAGUCGGGCUAGUAAUCUGAAGGUUGCCGGUUCGAUUCCCGGCCGUGCAAAAUGACGUUGUGUCCCUGUACUUACUGUAAGUCGCUCUGGAUAAGAGCGUCUGCUAAAUGACUAAAUGUAAAUGUAAGAAGAGAUCGAUUCCUUCCUGCCAGGCACGCCAGGAAAUUCGUGCUCAAUUGUUCUUCGACUUAUGGAAGACAACCUGGAGGGCUUAUCACUGAAUGAGAGGAAAUGACACAACUACUUGAGACAAUGCUUGUUUUAGUACCAGCGAAGAGCAACAUGACGUUGUUUGAAUCAAGACUCAGGAACAAAGCAGCACCUUCCAUAUUUGGUUCUCCCUGGGAAGUAACAGAUACAACCACACAGUGGACCACUGUCUGUGUCUCUGACCACACUGUGUGGCUGUCAGAGACAGAUACUGUCCCCUAGCCCCUGUGGGAGUGAUAAAAAUGGGACCAAUCGGUACAAGGGUCAGGAAACACCUGAAAGACAAAUGGAAUUACAGGUCAGGGUAAGACAAAAGCAAGGUGGUGGCUACUUGUUUCUGAACUUUGAGUACUAGAUACAGGAUGUAAGAAAUAAUGGUGGGGUGCUUUUUUUUGAGGAACUAAGAAACUGUAGCAAAUUAGCAGUAGUCGCUGAAAACCCUUUGAGAAAUUCAUAGAUUUAGCCUAUUUUUUGCAAAGUGCUUUUGAAUGAGGAAGCAGUGCAUGGAAGUGGUCUCGCCAUGUCUUUAACCAUGCUGUCAAAAACACGUCAACACGAAGCUUGGUGUACAAGAAAAGUGGUGAUAUUAGGUGCGAUAGACUUUUUCACAUUGGACCGGCUCAAACUACUGGAGCACGGUCAUGUGGAAAUUGUAAGAAAUCAUACAGACUGAGCUCUCCGAGUUCUAAGAGCCGUUUGAAAAUGCUUCAGUGAGGAAACGCAGACACUCUAUGGCUUGAAGUACAAGGCUGAAAGUUAGGCUCUAGUUAAUCCUCUGGGUGGUCUAGGCUUUAGGCUUAAAUAAAAGAGAAAUUUUGAUUUAAGAUGUACUUCAUACUCUUUCACUCUAUUCUAAGUCUGAGUGCAAUCAUGCUGUGAAAAGUGAUCAAGUUAGUGCUACAUUGUAAUGAACAUUAUUACCACAAUUGCAAAAGGGUUUGUAAAUAUGUUCUCAAUCUUAAAAGCUGAUUAAACUGUACUUUGCUAAAGAAUUCUUCUUUUCUGUGGUCAUGUUCCACCAUCAUGUAUUUUAUUAAGUAUAAAUCAUGUUAUAAAUUCCAAACAAAAUGUCAGUUACUGUUGUGGCUUGGGUCGAGAUCCUCAGCUUGAGACCUGAUAUGUCAUCAUAAACUAGUGCACUGUGCUUGUCUGCAUACAGUAUACCAUAGACUGUACACCACCAAAAGUGUGACCCACUCAACAAUGCUGUAUAUUCAUAAUCUCUUGAGAUUCUCUAUCAAAGUCAACAACGUGUGCAGUAUGUUGUUUGGCUCCUACUGAUUCAAUCAUUUUAAACAGUCGUAUACACAAAGCCCUGCAAACGGUUUCAAAUGACACUAAGAUGGAAGAUAUAGUGAACUGUAUCGUUAUAUAUACAAAAUCUGUAACAGCGUUUAGAAUUCUACAAAUGCAUAAAACUAGAUUAUAAACUCUUACAUGUUAUGUUGACUUACACCCUUUCCUACUUUUUCAUCCACCAUUGGU